GAAGAGAAGAGGAGGGGGAAUAGUUGCCAAUCGUCAGGGGAAACCUUUGCUGAGACACAGGAACCCGAGCGAGCAACUUGAAAAAAGAAACGAAAAGAGAGGAGAAAGCACUCAAGGUUGUACAUCCCAGACCUAAGAGAGACCGACGGGGGAACCGCCACCUGAAAUCAUCAUCUUUGGUCGCUAUCAUUGUCUAACCAGCAUUUCAAUUCGCACUGGAGGGGGUAAGAAAACAACAUUGGAACUGUCUCCCCACCACAAGGCUUACGACUAUACGACGUACACGAGAGAGCACCGAAUCAAUAUUGCCCGAUCUCCAACCUCGAACCUUCCCCUCAGGCAAAGCACUUUUCACGAGCAGCCCGCCCAGGGCAGGCAAAAGCGCACACGGCUCAAGAUAACAGGCGUGGUCUGCAUUACGAGAACCCGGCAGCACCUGGACGAAAGGGCCCGCCGCCGCGACGAGGAAGCCCUCCCACGUUCUCAUCACCCGAAAUGUCGAUUUCUGACGAGACCACCGCCGCCGCCGCCAUAACAUCUUCCACCUCGGCCGGGCCGCCUCGAUCCCCCAAACGCUCACAGGCCGACCUCGACGAUCCGGUCGAAUCGGCCAGCAAGCGCUCUCGCGCUGCGAGCCCCUCAGAUGACGAGGCCAAGACCCGCGCCACGACGGCUGCCAUGGCGAAUGCUUCUUUGACGGGCGAGGAGGAGGAAUCGCGGGGUGGCACGAUGGAUAUCGCGGCGGAAGGGCAACGUGCUGCUCCCGCAACAGAAACCGCACCAGAGAGUGUAGCAACAGCCCCAGAAUCACAACCCUCAAGAAAGGAAACCCACGACGGCGGCCCCGAAACGACAACAACGACGACGACAACGGCGACGACAGGGACAGCGCCCAGGAGCAAAAUGUGCGGCGUGUGUAACGAGAAGGAGGGAAAGUACAAGUGCACGCGCUGCGCUUUGCCGUUUUGCUCCGUCUCGUGUAAUAAGAUCCACCGCGAAAACCACCCUCCAGACCCAGAACCGUCCGCUGCCGCCCCCGCGAACCCCUCCAACGCUAGUGAACUUGCCCUUGAACCCCCUCCGUUCGGCGCGUCGAAGCCGCCCCACGACCCCAGGAACCCCUUCAGCGUCCUUGACGACUCGGACCAGCUCCGAUACCUCUUUCGGCGAUAUCCGGGUCUGCAGGCGCGGCUGCUCGAGAUCAUAGCUGCCACCGAGCCGCCGCCUGAGAUGCAGUCCACGGGGGGCAGUCUCAACGACAUGAUGAAGGCGCGGGCGAUGGCGGCCGCGAACCCCAAAAAAGAGCAGUGGACGCACGACGUCGGCAUCCGCAAUGGCAAGAAGGCCCUGCACAAGGCGAGAAACGCGUCGGGCGAAGAUGGCGAGGGCGUGCGAGAGUACAUCGAGCUCAUCAACCACCUCAUGUCAGAGGCGAAUGCGGCCGCCGAGGCGGAGGAGGUGAUCCGAAAACAGGCCGCCGAGAAAGAUGCGGAGCUCAUUAGGCGUCUGAUGACGGAGGAUCGGGGCUGAGCCGCGGUGCAUGAUUACAAGGGGAGUGGGAGGGGGAGGGGGCCGCCAAUGGUUUGCGGUGGAUUGAGUUGGAUAAGCCAUACACAUUCGAAGGGUGUCCGCUGAAACCACCGUGUAUGCAUAGAUGGUAUUGGUUACAUGUCGUCAUAAAUCAGAACCCGCUCUUGGGCGAUCUCAACGUGUCAGACGGCGGGCUGUUCUCUCUGGAGCUGUUCUCCUCCCGCCCGUGCUUAGUGAAGGCCCCGAGCUUGUUCUUCAGCGCCCAGAUGGAGUCGGCCUUGCGCAGCGACGGCUUGGUCUUUGUGCGGGGCUGCAUCUCAUCGCUUUGCGUCCAAUCCACCCGGUGCUCAUAGGGAUCAUGUUCCGGCAUCUCGGCCUCGUCGUCCGGGUGCGGGGACGUGGCGCCAGAGUCCCAGGUCAUGAGAAGGUCACCCGUGCUCACCCGCCUGGCGGUCUUGGCCCGGUAGGUCUCAGCGGCCCGACCGGCAACCAGGGAUCCCUCGAUUGUGUGCCUGUGGUGGUUGCGGUCGCAGUUCGCGCGGUCAUUGCCCAGCUCGGCGAUUUCCGGGAUCCGGUCGCGUUGGGUGUUGCCACGUUCCUGGUGUCUUUCGCGAUGGCCCUGAGCGAGCUUGAGAGCUGUCCUUGACAGCUUGCGGACGAGGCCCUUAUUAUCCGACAUGUUCUCAGCCGUUGUUGUGCGCGCGAACUGCGCCGCAGCGAAUUGCGGGACGAAGUGAUGCCUCUCACUGUCAGAGCCCUUUCGCCGAGACGACUCCUUCCCGCUCGUCUGGGAGUCGCGGUGAUCACCAUCGGACGUUUUGGACUUUGGCCGUGCGAAACCGGAGUCUGCUGUCUCCUUCCUGGGCUUCAGAGCAGGCGGUUGAACGCGAGGUCUAGAGGUCGAGUGGCCGGGCUUGACAGAACCCAUAUCAAGGUACUCCCUGGCCAGGCUUGCGUGCGGCGGCCGAGUGUUCUGGACCUCGGGGACCGCAGAUACUGAUGUGGCGGCGGCGACAGCGGCCUCCGCUCUGGCCCGCCUCCUCCUUUCGGCGUGGAGUUUCUGCUCGGCAAGGACUUUGGCGAGCUUCUGAGAUAGUUCCUCCGGGUCAAAAGGCAUCGGCUGAGAGCAUCGAGGUCUCGGCCGAGGGGCGGCAGCCACGGGUUUGACGGGUUGCGGCGCCGGUGCCGUGGGCUGGUCAUGAGGGUAGCUCAUGUUGUAUAACAUGUCGAUCAAUGAAGUGCAAGUACCGUCACUACAAAUCUCAGAAUGGCGAUUGAACGUUCUUUCUAGAGUGAUUCGGCGAGACUCGCAAAUGUGAAAUACGCUUGCCGGAGCUGCUCGCGACACGGAGCAGGUAGCAGGAAGAGUGGAUGCGGAUGAUGGCGGCGGCACUCUUAUCUAAAGCUGGCGAGCCGAGUGAGCGGGGUGGGUUGAUGGUCAAAAUAAGUAUGGAUGGCAGUUAAGGUUGUUUAUCGACGGGGGGGCAGGCAGGGCAGUGCAGGGGUGUAUGAGGCCGGCCGUUGAUGUAACAUGGGCUGGAAGGACGGUGACGACGGGCGUUUUGUUUCCCUGGCGUCAACGACGGUUUGAGAUGCAGUGUGCCCUGGAAAAGAGGGAAAGGAAUCCAGCGUGGGUAUGGAAGAGAGCGGUCUUGGGGCCUGGGCUGUUGUUGUAUAUGUCAUACGACCAGCACGCACUCCUUCAGUGGCAGGGCCAAAGCAGGUGAUGUGGGCUGAGGGCCUUUCCCAGCCAGGGUCCUAAGUGUUCUGUCGGCUGUUGGACGUGUAAGGCGAUGGACCUGCGUCGCUGCGUGCCUUGGUGUGGUUGGCAGCGGUGGUGGUGGUGCUGGUCGUCGUCGUUGUCGUCGUCGCCCGAGGUGUGUGGUAAGAGGGUGUGCGUCACUAGUCCGCAGGGUCCCAGACAAUAUGUACCUCACGGGCGAGACUCGUUUCCGUCCAGACACGCGCGCGUUUUCCAGCAAUGUCAAGGGGAAGGGAGCAGAAUGGCUAUGGUAUGGCCGAGCUCGGACGACGCAGUAGGAGGAGAGACAACACGCUCGGUGAUCGUGAGAAAUGCGAGUGCUGUCUAGUGAAAGACAAGACGAAGAGGAAAGAGGUAAGAGACAGGGACCGCUGGGCUGUGAGGGAGAGGGCGAGACAAUGUCGAGAAGGUGAGAGAGCGUGAGUGGGAAGGUAAAGAAUUAAAAACCACCCAGAAGGAGAGGGGGUGGGUGGUCACGGAUGUCUUGACGGACGAGCGUUCUAUAGGGUGCAUUUUUAGACACUUUUGUUGGCUUGGGAUGUGCUUUGCUUCUAAGCUGAAAUCAGUAAA